ACAAUAGACCAAUGCUCUAGAACAGUGAUAUAUUGAGAGCUUAGUCCGUUCACAGCCACACACAAUCCAGCAAGCCAGGAGCGCGAGCUCUGACUCAAGAUAGCAGAAAGUCAACGCACACACUGGUGACCAUGACGACAGCCUCCUACGUCACCAUCCUCGUGACUCUAUUAUUCCAUAUACUAGCAAUAAACGCCAAGGAUACCAAACGAGAACCAGAAGACGAUCAGCCACAAUUUUGGAAGGGACGGUUUGCAAGAGGUGCAGUACCUCAAUACUGGCAGGGCCGUUUUUCGGACCCACAAUUCUGGAAAGGGCGUUUUGCGGACCCUCAGUUUUGGAAGGGACGUUUUGCGGACCCCCAAUUUUGGAAAGGACGUUUUGCUGACCCUCAAUUCUGGAAGGGGCGCUUUAGCGAUCCACAAUACUGGAAGGGACGCUUUUCCGAUGAUGACAAACGUUCAAAUGACCCUCAAUACUGGAAGGGACGCUUCUCACGUUCUAUGAAGACCCCCGAUGACGAUCUGCCACAGUUCUGGAAGGGCCGGUUUUCAAGGGAUUCUUUACCUGGUCGUUUUGGUCGCGAGCUCCAAGGCCGUUUUGGACGAGAGCAAGGACGCUUUGGGCGCGAAGAACAGGGACGCUUUGGACGCGAGGAACAGGGACGAUUUGGACGCGAGGAACAGGGACGCUUUGGACGGGAGGAACAGGGACGCUUUGGACGGGAGGAACAGGGACGCUUUGGACGCGAGGAACAGGGACGAUUUGGACGUGAGGAACAGGGACGAUUUGGACGUGAGGAACAAGGAAGAUUUGGGCGCGAGGAACAGGGACGCUUCGGACGCGAAGAACAGGGACGCUUUGGACGCGAGCAAGGUAGAUUUGGGCGUGAAGAGCAAGGACGAUUUGGACGCGAGGACCAGGGACGCUUUGGUAGGGAAGAGGACCAGGGACGUUUUGGCAGGGAGGAAGCCGACCAGGGUCGUUUCGGCAGAGAAGAAGAGGACCAGGGACGUUUUGGCAGAGAAAAAGAGGAUCAGGGACGCUUUGGCAGGGAGGAAGCCGACCAGGGACGCUUUGGCAAGAGAGAUCUAAAAGCAAAGUCUAAUAGCAAGAGAACCAUUGAAGUUCAGUCCGACGCUAUGCCUCAAACAAGAUUUCGCGAUAGCUUCAAGAGAAAUUUAGUUAAGAAAGAAAAAAAAUCCGCUGAUGCGUCAUCCAAAGCGACUUAACGUACGGGAAACAAU